GUUAACAGAUACUGUUACACUAUAUAAACCACACCUGUACCAAGUUUCACAGAUUUAAGUUGGGCUCUUCUUUGAACAUGGAAAUAUGAAAGUUUCGAGAGUGAUUCUGUCCGUCUGUCUGCUUCUACAAGCAGUGCAGAUUGUUAAGGGUGUUCAUGAUAAAGGAACACUGAACGGUAUAACCUUCGAAUGUUCAAAAGGUUUCUCAUUUUACGACGGCAACUGUUACAAGGCAAUAGAUGUCCCAGCUACAGUGGCCGACGCCAAUGUCGUCUGUUCGGGACAAGGAAGUAAGCCAUACUACCCUAGAGAUGAAAUUGAAUAUCAUGAUUAUGUUGCAAAGCUGCUGCCUAAAAAGAUUUGGUUUGGGCUACUGAAAGAAUCUGAUGAUGAAUGGAAGAUUUUGGGAGGGGAUGUUCCAUUAGAAAUGAUACCAAGAUGGGGUAAUAGACAACCUGACUUGAUGGGUGGUAAUGCCACUGCUGUUGAUCCAAAAAAUGAAGUAAUGAUGUAUGAUGCUAGUGGAUUGUUGCCAUUUGUAUGCAAAUAUCCUGCAUGCUUAGAAGGUUACAUGCGUUGUGAUGCAAAAUGUAUACCUUCACAACAGGUAUGUAAUGGUUUACCUGAAUGUGUCGAUGAAAGAGAUGAAAACAAUUGUACAUCUCGUGGAACUUGGUAUCUUACCUUAUCUGAAACUACUGGAACAGUCCAGACUCAGCCUAUGUCUGAUUUUGACGAACAAACCUGGGUCUUAGAAGCCGGAGUAGGACAAAGAAUCAGACUUUAUAUACCACAGAUGAAUCUUGAAGAAAAUGUCGUAUUUUUAGAGGUUUGGACUGGUAGCUUCUUAUUUCAAUCUUCCGAGAUGUUAGGACGUUUUACCGGCAGUGUCAGCAGCAAACAUCUAUACUCAACAAACCAUUACCUUUCCAUUAGAUUUUAUGCUGCUAGUGAUUUAAGUAGAAAUAUUGGAACAUACAGUUUCGAAUGGGUAACAGAAAUACCAUCAAUACCAGCGGGAACAAAACAAGAAAUGGCAAUCAAUGAUUGGAAAAAUAUCAGUAUGCCAUUUACAAAUGAUGAGUAUACACCAAUAAAUCUGAAGCUGAGUUGGCAAAUUAAUGCAAACGAGGGAAAUGUGAUAACCUAUUAUGUGCAAGUUACCCCUAAAUCAGGGUAUUCGGUGGAUGAAGUAAAGUAUGAAUUAAAUGUUGAAGGAAUGGAAGACUCUCUAUCUGACCGCCAUUAUUAUACAUCAACAACUAAUGAAGUAAAAUUGAUGUCUAACUACGUCCCUGUCAAUGGUCAUGUAACUUUGAAAUACAAACUAGGGUGUGGAGUGGCAAUAGAUGACACAUAUGGUGUUAUAGUUUCUCCUCAUCCUGUACCCAAUGACCUCAUGUGUAUAUGGACACUUGAUGCUGGGGAAAGUGCAUCCCAGUGGGAAAUGGUUUCUCAAAUUUCUUACAUACCUGAAUCUGGCACAGGAUUCUCUAUGAACCAAUCCAACUACUCGAUCAGAAGAUAA